AAAAAAAAAAAAUAACGAAAACCAGUCUACGAAAGAUGUGAUCGAGUGUGACGCCGCGCGGGGCUAUUCCCGUUCAAGUGCUUGUUCUUGCGGAAACAGAGGGAAACUUUAGAAAUAUUUCGCACCUGUUUACAAAUGAUCCGACGAGAUCCCGCGAAGUGUCGUUUAGGGAAUUGGUUGUUAUGACAAUAGAUUAACACUCUUCAACCAAUCACGUUUGAUCGAAACUUAUUGUUUAUAAUUCAUGAAAAUUCGUCAAAAUGUUCAACUUGCUACCAAAGAAAGCAAUGUUAGAGUCGCUUUAUUCUUUUGUUCGAUCAAAUAUCUGAGAAUCGUCCGAAGCUAACGUUCCCACGGAUCGCGAUACUGUUGUCGACGAAGAGAGUGUGGUAACUUCGUACUCAAAAGGCGCUAUGGGAUGUUCUAUGGGAUGUGCUUUCCGAUUGCGUGUGGCGAACCAGGCGCUUACCGUUUCGCCACAGCCGGCAGUAACGGUGGAGGGGCCGGUGUCCAAAAUGUCUCCACCAACGAACGACGUGACCAAUGGUGUGGUAGCGCCACCCAACACCCUGGCGCCCCGGGUUUCACCGACCACGAACCCGGCCCUUACCACCAUCAACCCGCCAACGCACAAGCGGACUCCCAAGGACUUCAUCUUUGGCAAGGCGAUCGGCGAGGGAAGCUUCUCCACCGUUUACCUGGCCAAAGAUAUCCACACCGGGAAGGAAUACGCGAUCAAGGUGUGCGACAAACGUCACAUAAUCAAGGAGAAGAAGACCGAGUACGUGAAGCGAGAGAAGGAGGUGUUGAACAUGCUCGCGGGCGCGAAACACUCGUUCGUGCGCCUGUUCUGCACCUUCCAAGACGUGGAAAGACUCUAUUUCGUCCUGUCCUACGCGAAAAACGGUGAGCUCCUGCCGUACAUCAACAAGGUUGGCUCGUUCGACAUCGAGUGUACCAAGUUCUACUCGGCGGAGAUCCUUCGCGCUCUCGAGUACCUUCACGGGCUCGGGAUCAUCCAUCGCGAUCUCAAGCCGGAGAAUAUCUUGUUGGACGAGAAGAUGCACGUGCUUAUCACCGAUUUCGGUAGCGCCAAGAUCCUCAAGGACCCGGAGACGGUCACGCAUCCCGCGACGGACGAAUCGCAACAGCAGCAGCAACAGCAACAACAGCAGCAGCAACAGCAGCAACAACAACCGUUCCGAAGAGAACGAAGAGGCUCGUUCGUUGGUACCGCCCAAUACGUGUCCCCGGAGCUGUUGACCGAUAAGACGAGCAGAGCGUCCGAUCUCUGGGCCCUCGGCUGUAUAAUCUACCAGAUGGUCGCUGGUCUGCCCCCGUUCCGCUCCAGGAGCGAGUACAUGAUAUUCCAAAAAAUCCUGAAGCUCGAGUACGAGAUCCCCGACGGAUUUUGCGAGCUGGCGAGGUCCCUCGUCAGUCAGCUGUUGGUGCUCGAGCCAUCGCAGAGAUUGGGGGCGCAGGACGAGCACGGCGCCGGUUAUCCGAGCAUAAGGGCGCACCCGUUCUUCGAGGGUGUCGACUUCGAGACCCUCCACGAGCAGACGCCGCCCCCGAUCUAUCCCUAUCUGCCCGGCACGUCGGAGAACGAGGAGCUCAGGUCGCAGUACAGGGUUCCCGACCACCUGGAACCAGGCCUCGACGACAAACAGCUGACGAGGCUUCUCGGCCUGGGCAUCGGGGAGGACGACGACGACGACGACGACGAGGAAACCACCGCCGAGCGGGAGAAACCCGCGCAGACAAGCACCGUGGUCUGCGAGAAGCCGAGGAGGACCAAGAUCACCAGUGACGGUAACAUCGCCGACCUGACGCCCGAGGAGAUGAGGAACCGAUUGGAGAAGCAACGUGCCUCCAAUCAGUGGGACGGGUUCGUCGAGGGAAAUCUGAUAUUGAAACAAGGGUUCGUGAACAAAAGGAAAGGGCUCUUCGCCAGGCGGAGAAUGCUCCUGCUCACCACCGGACCACACCUGUACUACGUUGAUCCUGUGAACAUGGUGCUCAAGGGGGAAAUACCCUGGAGUCCGGAGCUCAGGGUCGAGCCAAAGAGCUUCAAAAUUUUCUUCGUCCACACGCCAAACAGAACAUAUUAUCUGGAAGAUCCCGAGGGAUUCGCAUUGGAAUGGUGUAGAGCGAUAGAGAAUAUGCGAGUCCAUUACUACGGCCUGCAGGAGUCCACCGCUUAAACAGAAGACUGAUGAACGGAAAUCGGAUGGAACAGAGCUAGUGAAUACGUUUCACCGAUUACGGUAAUCACAAUGUCCGCGAGAUUCGAUCGCGGAUAUAUUGUUAUCCGUUCGUGGCCAGAGGAGGCGUUUCGUAUAGAUCGUUUGUUAGCGUUGUAACUCGGCGUUAGGGGAGAUACAUUCUAGGGAUAGGUUAGCGUUUCUUCUAACGCUUUCGAGGCGUUAUGUGUACAGUUUAGGAAAAAUUUUCUAGGUAAAAAUUUAAUGUGCCGGCGGCCCCUCAGAGAUGAUCAAGCUCAAGGGGGAUACGCCCACGAGAAGAGAAGAAAAUGCGUAUCGAAAUCGUGCAGUUAUCCUAUUUUUUUUUUUUUUUUUUUUUUCACUAGUUACGUUUUGUUAUUUAUUUGUCGAACUCGGGUGAACUUGAAAAGGCUGCACGGCGUCUCUCUUAGUACGCGAAUAACACAGGGAAUAGCGAAAUUUGUAGCCAAGGUUUUUAACUGUGUAUGUUCGCACAGCGUUUCGAGCGCUGCGAGUGACGUAACGCUCGUGAUCGAGGUCGCCUGAUGAUCCUUUCGUUGCAAAGAAAGGGAAAUAAAACUGUUCUUCGUGUUCGCGCGAAUUUCGUAUUAAAUAUUCAUGAUAUUCGAAACAUCACAAUCAAAAUUUUAAUCGGGUUGAUAACCGAUGCUUGGUAAAUAUUUAAGAAAAGAAACGUGGAAAAAUAGUGUACCUGGUUGGGAGUAUAAUGGGACGAAGAUUAAUAUAGAUUAGAAGAUAUAGCGAAUGGAAAGCAGGAGCGCAUCGAUCAUACGCGUUUAUAUCAAUAGCAGCGUGUAGCAAUUUUGUUCCAAAUAUAGUCAAAAUUAAUAUAGAAAAUUACAAGCGAGUUUUUUAGAGAAGAGAGAAUCGACAGCAACGUGAGAGAGCAUGUAAUUCGCACGAUAAUUAUCUGCUCGCUGUCGAUUUAUCAAACAAAUCUAGAAUGUCAAUUUAUAUAGUCGAAGUUAAUCAAAAAAAAGGAAAAAGAAAAAAAGGGGAAAAAAAAAGAAAAAAAAAGGAAAAAAGAAAAAAAUGCAGUGGGGACAACAUUGCCGCUUUGCAGCUUUAAUAAACAGUUUACGUUGCCUGAAAGGGAUUCGCGGAAUUUUGCGCGUUGUUCCGUUGAAUCUCUUGCUCUCUUCAUAUUACAGUAUUCUUCUCGUUAUUCGUCACCCCUUUUUUUUCUUCUCGAUACGUUGUAAAUAUUAGCGCGAUUUCACGAAGAGCAGGCUUCGUAAAGCAUAUAUCAAUUGUAUACAUAUAGUUCUAUAUAUUUGUAAGUACAAAGAUCGUUGUCCGACCACGGCGUUUUUUCCGCUCGUUUCUUAGUUCGAUUUACUUUGUCUCCAAUCUGGCCCUCGCGGACACGAUCGAACAAUGUGUGUACAGCCGGGAACUAGAAGGACAGUGUUUAGAUCUUAAAUCGGAAGAAAUAAAUUUUUAGUAGUUGUUUAAAAAUGGAAGAUGAGAUGAAAAUUAGUAUUUGUUGUACAAAAAAGAAAAAAAAAAAAAAAAGAAAAAAGAAAAAGGAAAAGCGGUGGAGAGAUUGGGAAGAAUUUUCUCUUCCUGCGGAAGACACUGAAACAGGAAUGUGACCUUAUGAAUUAAGUAGAUAGAUUAAUAGAAAAAAAAAAAAAAGGAAUAGCUUUAAGAGUAGUAACCCCGUAUAGAUUUGCGAGAAUCACACACACGGAACACACACACUACCACCACACUCGUUGCGUUCAAACUAUUGUCGUUGUCAUUCUUACUAUUAAUUUUUUUCUAGUAUUUAGUAAAGCUAUUACGAUUGCAUCGUUAGCGAUAUUAAUUAACUAUUUCAUCGUAUUACGAACGUAUAAGUAUUUUUUUCCCCUCGUAAUUGUCGACGUAUAUUUAAGUAUAAACGAUUCUGUUUCUCUUCCUUUCUAUUCUUUUCUUUUCUUUUUUUUUCUUUUUUUUUUCUUUUUCAUUUUUUCUCUCACGCGCGAUCUUUUGUUUAAUUUAUUAUUCGCCGUACACGUCCUACGUUUAUUAUUUUUUAUCGUUUUUCGUUUCCGCGUUAGAUCACACGCCUCGUUUACGCGUAGAUCACAUACAGACUUAGUACUACUACCGCUGCCACCACUGCGAUCAUUAUUAUUAGUGCUAUUACUAUUACUAUUACUGUGUCCAUUACUAUUGCUAUUAUAUUGUCAUUGCUGCAUACGUAGAUACAUGUAUACGUAUGCGUGCGCGUCGCGUGUAUAUGCGUAUGCACGUGUUUAUAAUGCGUUCUGUAACUUAUAUUAUUACUAUCCUCUUUAGAUGUAAUUUUAGAUACUUUGUAAAUAAUACUGCCAAUUUAUCGCGCAUCGACUUCCGAAACGCUAUUCGUUCUCUUCGUGCGCGACCAAGUCGUGGCCAAACUGUACGAUACAGCUGUAUAUUAUCUAUACAUAAAUAUUCUAUAUACACAUAUAUAUUAUAUAUAUAUAUAUAUAAUAAAAAAGUAUAUAUAUACACAUAGAUGCAUACAGUUAUAUAAAAUAUUUAUGAAUUGUGAAUAGUUAGUUAGGGAAAUCGUGUAUAAACGUUCGUUCGUAGGUUAUAGGCCGAAUACGCGCUUAGGUUAA